GAACGGAAGUCCACGCCUUAGCUCAGCCUAUCAGCGAUCAGUACCGACUUAUGCUCCAAUGUGGAAGUGGGGAGUAUUCAGGAUGCGUUUUUGAAGAUAAUGCUGUUAGUUUGAGAAUGCACUGCUCUGUGCAAGGCCUUGGUAUUGAUCUCAAGUUCGAGCUAUUUAAUAAGGGGGCCUCGCCAUUGGUACAAGCGAAUCUGAUAGCUGAGCCUAGGAAGGUUUCGGCCCUUGACUUCGCCAUAGAACCUGUCCCUAGUCGGAGCCCAGUGGUGAUGGGUGGAUCGAAACGUGAGUUCACCGGCCGACUAUUGGUUAGGUCGCCAUAUGAGUUCCCUCCUGUUAUGUGCAUCAACUACGUACUGUCUGAUGGUAGUCCUAUCAACAACUACAUCCGCAUCCCUCUGCCCAUUGUGAAGGUGGCUAGACCAGCAAGUCCCAGUUCAACAGUAUUUUUCGAGCAUUGGCGUAGCGAGAAGUUCAGUCUUUGCGAAGUUACCUCGAGAAUUAGUCUCAGGAACGAGUUCACUCAAGCGGGUGGACUGGCG